GUCAACUUUAUCCCUAGAUAUCGCUACACUUUCAGAAAUUCUUGGUGCUGGCGUGCGCCUUGCGCUCGGUCCCAUGUGUGUCGGCGAGUCUUUUCCGGCUCGGCAUGCAGAGUUGUCGGGAAGGGCCAGCGUGUCUCAAAUCGUACAAGUAUCGCUCGGGAUGAAAACAUGCAAGGCUUCCGGGUGGAGCUAUACUUUCAACAUCGAAACUUCAUCGAGCAUUCCUGACCGUUGACGUACAACGAUGUCACGCCAACUGCAGAGCCUCGAUGCCAUCGCGCAAUCAAACACUGCCUAUUCGCUGUCUCAUGAUCCAUCGGCGACUCCCGCUGAAGAACGCUCCAUCGACAAGGACGACAAGGAAGCCGCCAGUCCCGAUACCGAAGUCGAAGAGAACGUGCGACAAGACGACGGUGUGACCAGAAUCGAGGCGCUGUAUGUCGUCUUUGGGAAAGGAUGGGGUCUCUACACCCUCUGGAUCUCCAUCGGAUUGAUUGCCUACGUCUACUCGUUGAGUCGGAGCACCACGGCGUAUUACGCUCAGUUUGCUACAUCGUCCUUCGGCGAACAUACGAUAAUUGGGACGAUCGGGGUGGUCAACGGUAUCAUCGGUGGAGUCGCUCCUCCGUUUAUCGCCAAGUUGGCCGAUAUCUGGUCUCGACCUCACGCUCUCACCCUCGCCGUGGUGCUCUACGCCGUAGGAUACGCUAUGUGCGCCGGCGCCCAAAACGUGGAGACCCUUGUCGCAGGUCAAGUCGUUUAUACCUUGGGCAACACUGGAAUCACCUUCCUCAACAGCUUGCUGAUCGCAGACAUCACCUCGCUACAAUGGCGAUCGUUUGUCAACGGGGCCGUUAAUCUACCGUACGUUCCAAACGCCUUCGUAGCGGGUUACAUCGUGUCCGGUAUUCAAGGGUACAGCGAAAACGGGUGGCGAUGGGGUUACGGAAUGUUCUGUAUCCUGCUGCCUGUCUGCGUAGCUCCUGCUUUGAUCGUGCUGCAUAUCGGGGACCACCGUGCCAAGAAGCUGGGCGCCGUUUCCCUCGCCUCGUCUUCAGCAACUCGCCGUGAGCAACUAGGUCAAGCUGCACCUGUCCAACACGAAACAGCACAGCGGACAAUGUGGCAGAGUUGUCGCUUCUACUGGACCCGACUAAACGCGUUCGGCUCGCUCUUGAUGGGUUUCGCCUUUGCUCUCUUGCUUACACCGAUCACGCUGAGCACUACUGCCGAGAACGGAUACAAGAAUCCAUCUCUUAUUGCCAUGCUGGUCGUUGGCGGAGUACUGUUCAUUUCGUGGGCGAUCUGGGAUGGAUUCUUCGCCGAGUAUCCGUUCUUACCGAAAAGAGUGUUCAACCGGACACUUAUUGCUUGUGUUGGUGUCGAUUUCUUCUACUUGUUCUCGGCUUACCUUUACGAUGCGUAUUUUGCUUCCUGGGUUUGGGUCGUCACCGACUAUAAUCAACGAGACUAUACGUUCUUCAACAAUACGCUCUCGGUAGCGCAGUGCGGUUUCGCCGUCUUUUUCGGUCUCUUCAUCCGAUUCAGCCAUCGAUACAAGUAUAUUCAAGCCUCAGCCUUGGCUGUUCGCUGCCUCGGGAUGGGUCUGGUUUAUUACGCCACCAAACGGCCCACUACGGCGGUCCUCGUCAGCUCGCAAGCGCUUAUCGGCCUCGGCGGUUCCAUCUCAGUCAUGACAUCGUACAUCGGUGUCCAGGGUUCUGUUCCACACCAAGACAUGGCCAUCGCCACUGCAGUGCUGAACCUGAUCAGUUCGUUAGGAAGCUCGAUAUCUAUUGCCAUAUCGGCUUCGGUCUGGAACAAGCGAGUGCCAGAGCAUCUAGAGAAGUACAUAGGAGCGACGCACAACUCAACCGAAUUGGCAUCUAUCUUUGGGUCGAUCUAUAAAGCGCGCGAAGCCCAACCGAGAGAGCUGGUCAAGCAAGCCUACCUCGAUUCCGUGGAUGGCCUUUUCCUUUCGGCCUUGAUCGUCUCAUUUGGGUCCCUCAUCUGCGCGAUGUUCGCGUCCAACUACUAUCUCGGCCAGAACCAUAAUGCCAUUGAGAAGCACAAGAUUUUACGUUGGAGAGAGCCUGACGAGAUAGUCCGCAAGGAGGAUGCACAGGAUGCCAAGGGAGGAGACAAGCGGCCGAUGUAG